AGCCGCAGAGGUGCAUCAGCUUUCAUCUUCCCCUCUUCCCCCCUCGAUAGCCACAACUAGUCAACAUGCUAUGGCUAAACCGUUCGGGAUCGUUGCUGGCGCGUUGGGCGUUGCCGGCCUCUUCAAUAACUGCGUAGACUGUUUUGAGUACGUCCAGCUAGGUCGCCGCUUUGGGCGCGACUUUGAGAGAUGCCAACUCAGGCUGGACAUUAGAAAGACACGCUGAGCCGAUAAGGCAAGGCAGUUAAGAUCAAUGAUGACCCGCGUUUCCGCUCCAGCGCGCCGACCGACAAGUCGGUCCAAUUGGCGCAGUCGAUCAUCGAGGAAAUUGUGCUCCUCUUCGAGUCCGCCCGGAAAACGUCGAAGCGAUACGAGCACGUUGCAGACCAGCAGGACCUGGUGGUGUUUGAGGAUAGGGACAUGAAGCCAGCCGGGCGAGCGCUGUAUAGGCGGCUGAAAGACCUCGCUUGUCGGAGACAGAAAGAUACAACCCUGGCGAAGAAGACAGUAUGGGCACUCUACGACGGGAAGAGCCUGGAGAAAAUCGUCGACCAAAUCGCCGGCUUUGUUGACGAGCUAGAGAAAGCCUUCCCGGUCGAAGCCGUUUGUCACAAGCUGGCCGGGAUCGAAAUCGAAGAGGUGGAGGACGAAGCAGGUUUGACAAUGCUCAAGGAUGCCGCGGGAGGGAUCGACAAGGAUCUGUCAGGUGCGGCUGCACAGAAGAUCGACGCAAUCGCGGGAAGGAACUCCGCCAAGGAUGUCAGGAUGGGGGGCCAUGCAAGGGUCCACAUCCUCAUCAGAGAUCAGACGAUCAAUUCGGUAAAGACGGUGGUGGCGACGGGUGAGUCUGGAAUCCAGAUUGGAAAUACGUACGGUGGCAAGGGGUUGAGUUCUACCACUUGGUACAGAAUCACGGUCCCGUAUUUUCUCAACAAGGGCUUUUCAAGCACUACUUCCCAAUGUUCUCACUAGCCGGAAGAUGGCAUAUGUAAA